UAGUGUCUGACCAGAAUGACUUGUAAUAGGUCAAGACCUGGGUCACCAUGGAGUCUAUUGACUCCAGACACUCCUAGGACUGGCACAGGGGGACGGGAUUCUCCGUGGGGUAGGGUCUCUACUCCCACUCCCAGGGGACCAAUAAGAAGCACUAGUAUUGAUGCACCACCUCAAGAUUCAUUAUCCACUCGUUGGGCAAGUUCAAGGUCACUCAGUGACAGUGGUCAAGGACUUCCAAGGUCAGGAAGGUCAUCUCCAUGGCGAGAUUCAGAAUUUUCUCAGAUAGGGAAGUCGGGAAGCCCUGUAAGGAGUCCAGAAGGGACUGGGACUUUACUAGAAAGCAAGUCAUUGAGAAGCAGUCGUGAGUCGGUGACUGAUAGCAAAAGUUUAAGGGGCAGUCGGGAGUCUUUAUUUAGGCCUCAAACCUCCACCCCUAGAAGUGAAUUUAUGAUCACCCACAGGGGCCGAUCCCCAUUUAGGGGACAAGGGAGUGGAGCAGCCUCACCCUGGAAAGCCCAUGAUCGUAGUAUGCCCAGACCGGGGACUGUCAGCAGCCAAAGAAGUCGGUUUGAGGGUCCAGUGAAAGGACAGGUAAAUUCAGAUGGGUCAAAUGUGGAUGUGAAUAAUGUUCACAGUGAGAAAGAUACUGUGUCAAAGGCAGGACAAGACACAGAGUCCAAAGGACAGGGAGUUGAUUCUCAGUCGAAAGAACAAGAAGUAGUCAAAAGAAGCUGGCCAGAUACUUCUACCAGGGGGCAGGCUACUGUUGCUCCCUGGCGUGCUCAUUUGAUUCUUGUCAGUCAGAGAGGUCAAGGACGACCAUCAUCUUGGAGAGGCCAGUCACCAUCUCGCCAAACAGAUCCGAAAGGUCAAGAUCAUGUUCCUGUCAUUUUGGAGAAGUCGAAUAGUCAAGGUCCUAGUCGGUCAUCAUCUCCAUGGAGAGGCCAUUCUGGAAAUAUGACACAAACUGAGCAGAAAGUACAGGGUAGACCAUCUUCCCCGUCGAGGGGUAGUAGUGACCCUACUUCACAUACUGGCCAGUCAGAUCAGAAAGGUGUUGUUAGGCCUUCCUCACUCUUACUAGACCUUUCUUCUCUAGGAAGCCGUCCGUCUUCACCAGUGAGGGGUCAUUCACCUUCAAGCUCAAUUCCAGAAGGUCAUACAUCGUCACCAUGGAGGGGUCAGUCUCCUUCACGGGGUAGUGUUAACAUUGAACCCAGAAAAGGUCAUAGUAGGUCUUCAUCACCAAUGAGAGGUCACUCGCCUUCUGGCUUAACUCAAGAAGGUCACAAAGGUCACGAGGUCAAUCAUAGUCGUCCAUCAUCCCCUUGGAGAGGUCAGUCUCCGUCAGGAACUAUGUUCCAACUGGAGAUACAGAGGAAGAAGUCUGCAUCUCCGUUCAGGACUCAUGAAAAUGGACCUGUAAAGGCAGAUCCUCAAAUAUUAGGUCAUGAGUUCAAAGGUCAAAAAAGAUCGGGAUCGCCUGGUGUAUCAAAGAUGCAAGAUACUGGAAACAAAAGAAGAAUAGCAAUGUCUUAUAGACAAAGAACUGGACAUGAAUCUCCCAGUAAUGCUGUUUCUCCUGCAGAAACUACAGAAAGAGGUCAAGAGAAUUCAUCACAAAAUGUUUCAGAGUCACCUUUCAGGAGUCGCGGGCCACUGCAAAGUAGUUUUGAUAUGCCAGGUCAAAAAAGAUUGGCAUCGCCACAACGAAGCCAGGAUCAUCCCAUUCCUCCAAAAACACGCUCAGAUUCACACCAUAGCAGUCACAAUUUACAAAGUUCUGAGACUGAUAGUCGUCUGGAUACCUACAGAUCUGAAAUGGAUGUGGACAUUGCUGGAACAAGGAUUGGAGAGAAGAGCUCUACUUUGGAUGUAGAAACUCCUAGCUCUGUAUCAGGUGAACAUGUCUCAAGAUCUAGAAUUCCACAAUCUGCAAGUAGUUAUGGUCAAAAUAUCCCUACCACUGGACAGGAUGUGAACACUCGCUAUAGUCCAAGAUCUAGGAAUGGGCAAGAAAGUCCAAUAUCUGUUAUCGCUAGUAGUAACCAUGUUUCUAGAACUGGACAGGAAGUUAGUGGUCGAUAUACGCCUAGAUCCAGAAGUGGUCAAAAUAGUCCGAGAUCUGUUAUUGUUAGUGGUAAGGAUGUUCCGAGGAAGGGGCAGGAGGAAAGUGGUCAAUAUACCCCUAGAUCCAGAAGUGUUCAAAAUAGUCCGAGAUCUGUUAUUGUUAGUGGUAAGGAUGUCGGGAGGGAACUGACUGAACAAGGUCAAUAUGUCCCAAGAUCCAGAAGUGGUCAAAAUAGUCCAAGAUCUCAAAUUCCUAGGUCUAUGUCAGCUCGAUCAGAUUCUGUUGACCACAAUAAAACAGAACAAGCGACAUCACCAGGCGUGAAAAUACCGUCCAAAGAUGGGACAGAGUCUUCCAAUGAAUCAACUAAAAUGGAUAAUGACUCUGUUGUACAAGAACCUGUCAUAAUGGGGAGGGAGACUACGAGGUCAACACAUCCGUCAGGGCUGGCCCGCCAACUGUCUUCGGGGAGUAGGAGUCGAUCUAGCUGGUCAGGGAUCCCACAGUUUGCUUGGGGAUCUCCGAAGUUGGAACCAAAUGUAAGCAUUCUGCGGACAUCGUCAUUUCUACAAAGAGCUCGUGAGUUACAAGAGCUAGAGAGAAACAGAUUAGGAAUACAGGAUGAUACAAUCUUACCGAAAGACACAACUAACAGUGCCACAGUGAAAUCACGUCAGCGUCGGAUAGAGAGUUUUCAUGGGACACGUAGAGUGAAGAAUAGUUCGUCUGGAUCUAGUACAUCAUCCAAUUCAGUCCAUUCUUCGCCUCACAACAACAACAAACAUCACAGUCCCCAGCAACAGAGUCCCCAGCAACGACAACAAAGUCCACAGUACUGCAGUCCCCAACAACAGAUUCCUGUCCAAAGCCUACAAGUCAAUCCACAGGGACAGCUUGAAGAUAAUGUUAACCAUGAUGUCAAGGGGGAUAUAUCUGAACAGGACAUGGAAUCAGCAACAGCAGCAAAAUUAAAGGGAUGGGCGACGGUGGAAGACCUGACCCAGAAACAUCAACGUCAACUGUUACUGCAGCAACAGCAGCAGCUUCAAGGUCAACAGGUCACAACCUCUGUCGCCCCUAGCAACAAUGUGACCCUGAACCAAGUUCAAGGUCACAAUCAAUAUCCUUCUGGACACCUGUCUCCUGCCAUGUCCUCUCCCAGUUUAAACAUGGCUGACCAUUGGAAGGGUGGCUAUGGACAAGGGUCUCCAUCUAGUAACAGCCACAUUGUGCCUACAUCUUCUCAAGCGAUGACAAAACAGGGUAUGGACAUUCAUGAGGGUUACGCUACUACAAGUACACCACGUAGUCCUACAAAUUCAACAAACUACAUGCCAAAAUUUCCUAAUCGCCCCACAAACCUGAACUAUACCAAUACAAGUGGUGGUUACGGCGAUCACUAUAACAAGGGAAGUUACUCUUAUAACAAUUCUAGACCUUCUCCACAUAAGCCUCAACAUGGAUCAAGCAUGUACACAAAUGACGAUUCCUCCCUCAAAACACCCGAGUCCUCCUCCUCAUCAAGGAAAUAUGAACGGCGAUCUCUCCCACCACAGCUGAACGAAUAUCAGAAUCUGAAGGAGUUACGGACAAAUUCUCAUUCAUAUGGAAUGUUACCCCCUAAGGAAGAGGAGGGAGAUACUCCACAUUCUAAACAAAUCGAAAGUCACUCCCCCUCCUCUCCACCACCUCCUCCUCGUAGAGAUAUGUCCAGUUUAAAAUAUGUGCAAGCUUCAUCAAAAAACCAUGAAAAAUACCCUUCAUGGCCUGUGACACACCCAAAUCUGGAUAUAGAGGCAGGGGAGGCAAUCACAUCGCAGGUAGGGGCAUGGCCUGUCAGAGACAUACCCCAUGGUAGUGAAGUUUCUACAGGAGACACUUAUAAACCCCAGCUUAAGCCUGUUAAUGAGGGUGCAAAUGAUUCUGACAGGAAAAAUGGUGAGGAUAACAAGAGGAAUCAGAGUGACCCGGGAUUUAACAAACCAAACAGUUUUAAAGGACUAAGUAUUAAACGUCCUACUCCACAGGAAAUUCAACAAAGCUGGAAUCAAAACCAGAAAAUCAAUGCAAAACAAAGUAAUAAAUCUGUGGAAAAUUUCUUCCUAAACAAUUCACCUGGAUAUCCAAAACCUCUUCUGGAUCAAGAUGGGAACAGAAUCGGUGAUGCUAAAUAUAGCAUCCCGUCACCACCAGAACGUGACAAUCCCGUUCCAGACACAAAACUACUACAGGAAAAACUGGCAUCAAUGAUGGCUCCUAGUUCUGAAAGUUCAGGUUUACAUCCACGUGUUGGGACAUACUUGACCUUUGACCCUACUAGGGUCAGUGAUUCUAUGCAGGAAAAUAAGGAUACCAAAGGGAAAGGGUUUUAUACUUCUGCCGGUGGACAUCCCACUUCCCAUUCACAAAGUGCUAGUUCUGUGCAAACAAGGGUGGACUCGAGUACGAGUCCAUUGCAAAGUCCAAUGGAAUCUAAACAUUCUCCAUUUAGUGCCUCUCCCGCUGUAAGCGAGAGUAAGGAUAGGCCAUCUGAAAAUCUCCAACAAAUGUCCACUCCUCGUGGUGUUAUUGUGAAGCACAUGCUUUACUAUAACACAGGAACACAGACUGAUACAAACUCCCAAGGGAGUCGGACUAGUGUACAUGUGACUUCUCAAAUACAGGACAAAGACACUGUGGUUCAGGAGAAAUCAAUCCAGGCUCAUUUGUCUGAAAAAGACACAAGGAUUGAAAGUGGUAGGAAUUUGUCAGCUUCUAAUUUCGGAACAAAAUAUGUGCAAGGAUUGAAUGAGGAUACAAAGGAAAGUCGAAGUUCCAGUGAAAGUAAAGACAAUUAUUCUGAGGAUGAUCCACAAAACUAUGCUCCAAUGAUUCGUAAACUGUCACAGGAAUAUAUGAGUGGUCGAAUGCAAGUUAAUGAUAAGCGUUUGUCUGGAGAUUCUGGGGUUUCUACUGUAAGUGCUACAAGUCCAGGAUCAGAUAUGCCUCCCCACUCUUUUGGACAGUUUCCCGGAAUGCGGGAGGCUGAAUCUUAUAACAGUAUUGUGAUACACCCAAAUGAAACUUCACAUCCAUUUGGUAAAGACUAUCAGGACAUGGAACAUGAAGGUCAAGGUCGAAUAGACUCCUCUAAGAUGGAGUUAGAUCGACGAGUGUUCAGUCCCUCUGACUCCAGAGUCGGGGGACACAAGGGAAGGUAUAGUAUGGAUCCGUCUUUUUCUCAAAAGAUUUUGCCAAAUAAAAAGAGUAUUCAGGAUACACGAUAUAGCUCUGAUGCCAACUUGCAGACAACAUAUGCAAAUCAGCGGAUGCAUAGUAUGAGCAUGUCAUCCUUGGCUCCCAAGCACAGUAAAGCAGACUCUAUCUCUGAGGGUCAGUAUUUACGUCCCACACACAGGAGUUCAAACUCUUCGUCUUCAUCACGACAUGGAUCAGAUGCGAGAUCAUCUUCUAGCUCGUAUCAUGGGUCACUGAAUUCACCCAUUGGUCCUACAAUGCAAGGUCAUGGCCAACAUCGUGGGAGUCAACAGGAAUCCGAUUCUGUGUUUGUUGAUCCUGAAGUUGCAUCUUCUCCCAAUGUUAAACAGUUAGAGAUGAAUUCACCAAUUACGUCACAAGUGCCAGACAGUGGAAGUACUCCAGUGCGCCGUAGCAUUGGGCGAAACACAUCAAUGAAACUUGCAUAUGGAACUUACGAUGAGGCUUCCCGCAAGUAUGAGGAUGCUGGACAGAAAUCGUCAGGGCGACAGAUAGCACAUGGCAAGUCUCGAUCGUAUUCUGGUGAUUAUAUGCCAAUGAACAACAACUCCAACCGUGCAUCCCUUGGUCAGAUCCGUGAGGAUUCAUCUGAAGGUCGCUGGGCAGAUGUUGUCAAUAAGUCAAGGUCACUCCACCAUAACACAACAAGUUCAGUGUCAGAGGAAUCAAAUUAUGCAAAUAUUGAUCCAUUGAAAAUGGAGAAAAACAUAAAUCCUGAAUUGAUCGAAAGAUCAAACUUGAAAAGGACUUCAUCAGAACAAAUCCGUCCACUUUCUGGCCAUGGCUUUGAUGAAAUCAGACCUCCACUUCCUAACAGGGAUUCACGGUCAAGUUACCACAGUGCUAUGAAACAUUCCAAAUCGGAAACAUGGCAGAAACCUGUACAAUCUCCAACACAGUCUCAAAGUGACCUUAAUAACUUUCAGUCACCAUCAUCAUCACAAAAAGAUUUAAAUCGUGAACCUGAUACUGAAGUGAAAUCGAUCGUGGAUUCCAACACCAUCAGUGCUACUACACCUUCAGUGUCCCAGUCCCAGUUAGACCUGAACAGAAGAAGUGACAAUGAGAAGCAAAAACAGCGUAACGCUGUUCAAGAGUUCAUGGACCGAAAAAUUCGAAAUAGGCCGUCAGAUAGUGACGACACUUCAGCACCUGAAGAAUCAAUAGCAGGUAAUUCUUCACCACAGGACAGAUCUUCUUCAAAACUUACUCCAACCGAGUCCUUCAAAGAAAAGUAUGCCAGGCGUAAGGAAAGUCUACGAAGGUCAAGGUCAAUUUCAUCUCGAGAAUCGUCAGAUUAUGUGCAUAUGAGCCGACCUUCACAGCCUCAUCCGCAAACAGAAUGGAGCAAGAUUAGGUCUCAAGCACAGGACGGAUCUAAACGACCCCACUCUAUCAGCUCAGAUAUCAGCCUGGUGGACCCUUAUGCAGUGACACCGAUCACCGAGGCUUCUAAACAACAGGAUAUGGACAUGGAGGCCCACAAACGGAGCAAAUCUGAUUCCACAGAUAUUGGUACACAGCAAGAUUUGUCUCAACAAGGCAGAGACGACAGUGCUAAUGUACCAGCUUCAAGGAGAUACUUGUACAGACAGACUCGUGGCCCUCCCCCCUCACACUAUCGCUCUGGAGGCUCCCUGUCCAGUAGCAAUCUGGAUUAUGCAAAUGUUGGGUACAGACGUCCUCCACCACCACCCCCUGUGGAGGAUGACAAACCCCCAGCCCUGCCCCCAAGGAACUACCGCCACAACUCCACCAGUCAAUUGGAGACAAGUAGUCAUGGGUCAAGGACAAGUGGUUACAUGGAACCACUACAACGUGGUGCUUCAGAUAUACAGGCACGGAAACCCAGGGAGAAUUCUCCGGAGAACUAUGCUGAGCAACUCCGGAAACAGUACAGGAGGCUUUCCGAACAACAGAACUUGAAACCCACGGCAAUGAGUGUAGUUUCCUCAAGACCUAUAACACACUGUUCACAGUCACAGAAACGCUCGUCAUUGGAGCCACAGGAGGCCACACCCCCAACAACAGGGUCAUCACUAGCAUCUUUAAUUGGUGGCAUUCCACCUCAUCAAAUGACCUAUGCUUCUACUAGCAAUCAUGUACUAACAUCACAGGCCUCAUCUCCCAAUUACAUGAUGACGAGUAGUCAUGCAAGUCCUGUGCAACAGUCGUCACCAAGGUCAUCUGUGUCCCACAUUUCGACCCCUGUGUCUUUGCCCCUGCAUGUGACCCCUCCAAAAGACAAUCCCAAUAUCCCCCAAACAGCUUCUAGUCAAAAUUAUUCUCCACCAAUGCAACUCUGUAGUCCGGAGCUGCCACCUCCUCCAACACCUAUUAAAAAUCCAGAGGACUUGGCAGCCAUUCAAAACCUUGACCUUCCGGCGCCCCCACCAGAGGUCCUGGCCCCUUCAGGAGAAUCGUCACUUGAAGAUGACAGAUGUGCAGACGAUUCGUAUGGUUCCCACAAGACGAGGUCUGCACGACAAGUGGGUGUGUACAGUCGUUCUAAGUCAACGACACUGCUCAACGUUAACGAGAACAACAACUACAAGCAACAGAUCCAGAAGCCGCCCCGCAGGCAUCUAAACAACCAGGGCUGGAAGAGCGAAAACGCAAUCAACAUCUCUCCUCUUGACCUAGAUAACAACGUAACCGAAACAGAAUUUGUUGCUGCAGAAAGCACUGUUACACCGACAAUUAACUCAAGGCCUCUUGGCAAUUCCCAGAGUUCUAGUUCUAUCAUGGCACCUCGUGCAUUUAUGACAUCAGAUCAUUCCCAUCAUUCGGAAGUGGCAUCUUCUGAAAAAGAAGAUGCAGAUAGUCCAUCGGUCAAAGAUCGUAUUUUCCGUUUUGAAAAGAAACCAUCAAAUAGUUCUGGUGAUAAUAAAGCCCGUAGGACAGCCUCUAGUGUGAACAAUUUGAAAAAGUCUUUCGAAGAUCGGCAUAAACCAUCCGAACCUGGAAUGGAUUCUCCAAGACAAGGUAACCAAUACAGUUCUAGGUACAGAAGGCCUGCUAGAGACCAUCAGAGCUCUGGAAGUGACAAAUCAGAGCAAUCGUUGCCGUUUACUGUGGAAAAGAAACGUAUGAAUUAUCUUGGACAGUAUGGUGUGCAGGGUAACGGCUUCUCACAUCAGAGUGAGCUGACACAUCAAAGGGGAAGUGCUGAAAGGGGAGAUGACUCUGUUGGUGCUCUUCAAAGAAACGGUGAUAGUAGUGAAAAUGUGCAUAGACAAGAUGUUAGCUCUUACAAUCAAAGUACACCUGAUCGGGUCAGUUAUAGCCGGCCAGAUCGGCCUGACAUUUCACCAAACUCCAGACUUGAGGGUUCGCCUCACCUGUCAGAUAGGUACAAUAGUGAUCCAACACCUCCAAAAGUUCCUGAAAGGAUUCCUCUUUCACACAGACCUGUUCCACAACCUGAAGCCCCAUCACCUGUCGAUAGAUCAACACGUUCCUUUGGCCAUCAUCAAAGCAAUUCGUCAUCCUCUGACUUAAGCGAAGGUCAUGAUACACCACUUUCUAUAAACCAUGGCCGGCAGCCAUCACAGGAAGAACUUGAGUGUAAUGAAAAAGUGCAGGAAUUUGCUAGACAAGUGAAAGACAAGGACAAAAAAUUGUCAGAGAUGUUGAAUCAGGAUGAUCUUGGGAGAAUGAAAUUUAUGUCAGGAAUUGUUCCACCAGCAGAUACACCGAGGAAACAUAGUUCCGGACAUUCUCCGCAGACAUCAAAACUGUCCACUGGGUCCAAUGAGGAUGCAAAGGUUUCUACACCCAAUGGUAUCCAAGACAACACAGCUGAUCAAAAUUCCUACGGCAGACCAAAGGAAAAAGGCUCGCCCCCUUCCACCUACUGGGUGUCCCCAUCCAAGGCCCAGAUUGAAAUUGAUAUCCGUAACAGCGAAGAGCUCGGGAAGAAGAUGACAGAGGAAAUCAUAGAUCCAGAAAGCCUGCUCAGAACUAAGGAGGAGCUGGUGUCUAGUAUAGUGAAAAAGAUGGAAAAGCUCAAGGAUGAAAAAUCAGAUCUACAAGUUGAAAUCAAAGAAGUGGACACGGUGGGCAAAAAGGUAUCGGAGACCGUGGAACAGAAGUGUAAGAGUCAGAAGGAGAAGGAUAAGUUUCAAUCGUUCCUACGAGAGAUGGACCACAUCAUCCGUCUUCUCCUCAAAAUGUCGGGUCUCCUCGCACGGGCUGAAAAUGCUUUGCAGAGUCUGCCUGAUGACUGCGACGUCCAUCAGAAGGACAUCGCGACACAGAAGAGGGAUCGCUACAAGGCCCAGCAUGAAGAGGCACAAAAACUCAAACAAGAUAUUGACCAACGAAGUACGCUCAUCUUAGAAAUACUGCGUGAAUCCCUCAGCGAUCAGGAGCUUGAGGAUUAUCAGUACUACAUUCAAAUGAAAUCACAGCUGACUGUUGAGCACCAGAACCUUGAGGACAAGAUCACACUCGGACAGGAGCAAAUUCAGGCAUUGCGUCGGAGUAUCCCUGAUAAACGACACUGAGUCAAGUGUCACCUGGAAGUAUGGCUGCCAAAUGGCACUGAGUUUGGGUAACAUGAGUGUCUCCCUGACGAAGGACACCAAGUCAGGGUUUUUUUCUGACAAAUGACAUGGGAGUCUAGUUUUGUGUUGGAACAUCCUAGACAAACGACUCGGAGUCAACGCAAGGAUAUUGUGAUAAUUAAUGUGUUCAGAUAAUUGUUUUUCGAAUUCAUGGAAUUGUGCUUGUCAACACAUUUGUGUAAGCAUAGGUGAGUCUGAGAUUGUGCUGCCGAAAUGAUAUUGUACACGAGUGAUAUUGUUGCGUGCAAGAGGGGGAAAAUAUUAGGGAAUGUUUUUAUUUUUCGUCAGUCCUCAUAGCUUACAUAUUCCAUGUUUUAGCUGACUAAUACAACAGAUAUGUACCUGGCCCCACACAGAAUGUGAAGUUUCCUUGUAAUGAAUUCAGAUAUUCAUUUCAUCUUCCAUUUGCAAUAUACUGUAGCAUUUGUAAAUCAUAAAAUCUUGUGCCACAUUGUUGUUUUCAUCUUUUUUUAAUCAUUUUACUUCAUUUAGUUUAUUUGCAAUUUUAUUUUUUGACCAAUUAACUUAUAUAAAACGAAAUUCAAAAUGGAAGGCUGGAUCUCACACUGACAUAAAGGGAAAACAAACUUUUUGUUCUGUAUUUAUUCUUUAAAUUUUGUUCAAAUUUCUUUUAUACUUAAAUAUUUCGUCAAAUUCUACUAAUAGAUACUGCUAUACACAUCCAAUUGUUUCAGUUUUCAGUGUCUCAUUGCUUAUUUUGUAUUUACCUGUUGAAGUAUUAGCUUUGAUUUUGUUACACAGGCUCAAAUGCCUGAAAUCCUUUGCUAUUAUUGUUAAUUUUGUUGUCAGCUAAGGCUAAGUGUAAAUGAACCCCCCCAAGACUGAACGUUUAAAAAUAAAACAAACCAAUGUGUGAAUAUUGAAUGAGGAAUCCUAUCAUAAAAAUAUAUUCCAGACAGGAAAUGAUUAUUAAUAUGUACAGGAAAAAAAAUCAUACAUUCAUUGUAAGACAUGGGCUAAGGGAGAUAACUGUUUCCCAGCAUGUAAGAUUUGUACAUUUUUUUCUCUCCCAUGGUGUCUUUUGUGUAGAAUGUGAAUAUUAAAAGAAAACGGUGCAAAAGUCAUAAAAAAUUCCAUUUUAAUUAUGAGUUUAUCCGUAGAUUUUAAUGUCUUAUUUUAUAUCAUGAUAAUUUAUUUGUGUAUUUUUUCCCAUCUGUAUAAAUAUCAGAUUAUAUUACAUUUGUUGUUGAGGAGGAAAAUUAUUUAAUUUAAUUAAGUUGUAUAUUGGAGCGAGGUCAGGAUUGGAAUGCCCGAUCUUGGAAGAGAAAUAUUUAAGCUGCAUUGUAUGUUACGUUUAAUAUCUGAGAAAUGAUAAUAAACAUAAUUGUAUUAUAUAUAGCUCUGAGUCAUCUUCUUAUCUACCGCAGGUCAUUCACAAUAUUUACUGCCAAAAUAACUGGGAUAGUAUACCCUGUAUUUCUAGAUUGGACUGUCAUGUUCAUUAUUUUAGAUUAAUACACUUUGUUUCAUAGGGAUAGAUAGCAUGCAAAUUAUUUUCUUGAAAAAUUGUUGGAACUCCAUAAUUUUUUAGAAGUUAAUUUGUGUGGUUUUGGAUCCUCAACAUAAAAUUUAUCCUGUAGAUGUAUGCUUGAAAGUAAUGAACUGUACGUGUAUCAUUUGUGUCCUAAGGUAUGUAGAUUCUAAUCUGGUUUUUGUGAUAUUUGACAAAGUUUCAUCUGCCCUUGUCAAUUAAUUUGGUAAUUUUAGUAAUCAUGAAAAUCUACAACAGGUACUGAAAAGUUAAGUUUUUCUUAUUUUCUAUAGUUAAAUAAUUUUAGGUAUGUAACUGUUAUAUAUUUUUAAAAUUGUUGUUAUCGUUAGUAAUUAUAAUUAAGUUGUUUUUAUCCAAUAAUGUUAACCUUUUAUCAAUACUAAUUCAGAACUAUAUUGUGGACUUAAUGCAUUGAAUGUGUUUUCAACAUUUUGAUUUCUGUUAUCAUUAACUUGAAUGAAAUGUUUUACAUCAUUUCAAAUUUGAAAAACUGAUCUUCAGCUUCGUUAAGAAACAGUAUUUAAAAGAUAGAAUUUAUUUCACUAAUUCAUGAUUAUCAUUGUAAAGUGUGACUAGCAUCAGUUCAUCGGUAGAGAAAACAAAUAGAAUUAAUUCUAAGAUUUCAUACAAAGUAAGCACAAAAUAUGCGGCUGUCUUCUCCAGAAAUAUUCUGCACGGGUUGACAGUUUGUACAGGUAGAAUGCAUUCCACCCACCCUUCAACUUUUCCAAAGGAAAAUUAAUCAUACCAUAAAAUACUUUUUUGUUUGUGUUUCGAAGGUCAUGUGACCUGUUUGAGUCAUAUAUGUGAUCAGUGUCAAGUCACAUGACCCUGUAUGACAGUCAUGUGACAUGUAGCUUAGGCGUCCAUGUAACAAAUUCAUUUCAAACAUGGAUUUUACAUCAGUAAUAUUAUAAAUAUAUACACAUUAUGAAAAACUUCCAAGGGAAGAUCAUUAAAAAGGUGUGUGAACUUGAAA